AUGAGGGAUGCUUUCAGGGGCCGGGGCAGGGGCCGCGGUGGCGGAGGGUGGCGGGGGGCCCAGCGGGCUGCCGUUGCUGAGUCGCAUCAUCAGCAGCAGUGGAAGAGUGGCCCUGGGUUAGUCUCUGGGCUGGACACGCGCCACUAUAACCCCCGAGAGCCCCGCGCUCGCCCAGAAAGGGAGGCAGAACCACCACAUGGGUCUGUGCUGCCUACGCACCCUCCUCCGCCGCACAGGCGCCGCCAGCAAGGUCAGGGCUUCCGUAAGGAGAGAACUGCUCCGUACGAGCCACGAGCUGUGCUUGGCCCCCACGGGGCGGCGGCGCCAGUGCCUGUGGUUGGGGGCGGGCAGCAAGUUGUUAUGGGAGGGAGGGGUGUUGAGGGUGCUGUUGUCGGUGGUGGUGGGGGGCCGAUCCCCCAUUGCUCGGCCCCCCUGGGCGCCUGCAUGCCUCCUCCUACGGUGUGCUGCAGCAUCUAUGCAGAUCAGCUCAUUGAUUACUAUACGGGCAAAAUAUGCCCUAGGCGUUUCUGCGUAGCUUACAAUGAAGUAUGUAAGCUUGUGCGGCUGCCUGAGGCGCCACCAGCUCCUGCAGGCGCAGUCUUACAGCCUCUUUCCCCAGGAGGAGGAGCUAGAGGCGUCAGGGGUGACGAUGGCGUUCAAGAGAUGCAGGUGCCCAACGGGCCGCAGCGAUCUCAGGCAGUGGCCCUUGAGGCUGAUGAAAUGAGUGAAGUGUCUCAAGUUGAAGAGGGAGAGGUGGACGAGGAAGCACCAGCGGUUCAGUUGACGCAGCAUACCUCGCAAGGGGGGCAGCAGCAGCAGCAACGCAGUGCAAGUGCUGUUCCCGGGCUGCAGGGGAGUGCCGCCGUUAGCGGCAGCAGCGCCUGCCCUGCUGCUGCUCCGCAGCCCCCUGCUGGUAUAGACGCAUCGCAGCUGCAAAAGCAAGGCGUGGUGGCGCCUACGCCUGCAAUGCAGCAGCAGCAACCAAUGGCAGCACCGAAUACAGCGAGAAGGGAUCCCAGGUUAGCAGCGAGGGCACGUGCUGAGACGGGCGUGCAGCAGCAGCACCAAGAAGUAGUACAGAACGUGCAGCAACCUGAAAAUUCAGAGCCGCCACAGCAGUCGCAGCAAGAAAUGCAGGAGCCACAGGAAACGCGACAGCAGCAGUACCAGCAGAAGCAGGCCAAGCAGUGGGACCCGAGCGCAUUGCCUGCUGAGCUGCGUCGACAGCCGUUGCUCUCAGGGAAGCUGCCGUUGCUCUUAGAUUUAGACAACACGUUGCUGCAUGCACAGGCCGUUGGCGUGGCAGGGUACACAAUAGCUUUGGAAGAUUGGCUCGAUGAGGAUGGUUUGCCGGAGGUGUAUAAGUUUGAAUUGCCCUGCAACCGCAAGGUCUAUUACCUGAAGUUGCGCCCGGGGCUGCGCCGCUUUCUUAAAGCACUUGCUCCGGUUUUCGAGUUAAGCAUUUACACAAAUGCGACGCAGGAGUAUGCCGACCUGGUGGUGGCCAUAUUGGACCCCGACAGAUCUCUCUUUGGAGACCGGUAG